GGAGGAGGGCCUAUGCAGGCCCCUGGGCUUUCCUACCCAACAGUCCCAGGGACAAGGGUCCAGGAUCCAGUGUCCAGUGCACAGUGGAAGAAAGGAACGUGCCACAGGAAGGUGAAGACAGCUCAUGGGAACAGCAGGAAGAAACUGAGGAUUCAGUCCAAGAGGUGUGAAGGGAGUUUCUGGCAGAGCCGUGCUCAGCUGAGAACCAAACGACUGUACAAGCCACCAUGGAUGCCAAGAAGAAGCUGUCUCCCUCACCGACUUGAGGGUUUGGAACCACGAAGGACCCUCAGGAGGGCUUCAUCAGAAGCAGCAGGUCUAAGUGUGCCAGGAGACCCUUCUUGUACCGGCACAGAAUUGUCCACUGGCCAUGGGAGUGGAAGGAGGGAAGAAGACAGCAGCAGAUGGAUAUCAGAACCUAGCUGUCCUACCACAAGCCCAGAGACCAGCAGGGAAACAGAGAGAUCGACUCUGGAGGAUAAUUCUUCAUCUGCUGGGGAACAUAAUGACCGUUCUCAGGAGAAGGACCCUGCUGAUGGGUCAGAACUGUCUCUGCAGUCUAAUAGGUGCUUGGUUGUAGCUAAGGAAGACCUUCCGUCCCAGGGCAAGGGUCUUGAUGUUGGACUGCUGGGGAUGAGGCCACUGCCCUCCCAGGAUCAAGUCUCCAUAGAUCCCAAACUGUGCAUUUCCCCAGAUGUUCUGGAGCCUUCUUCCUUUGGGCCCAAGGGAACAUUUGCCUGUCCUGACACUGCUCCCUCUGUGGCGGCCAUCUUUGUUUCUGCGGGGAUGAGAGCCUUACACACAAGGCUGGGAGGGGACAGUGCAGAGUCCUGCACCCCCCAGACUCUGGCAGAAGGCUCCCCAGAGAGCAGAGACGUGGCAAAGAGCAGAGCACAGGCACGCUUGCCAGGGAGACCAUCCCCUAGACAGAGGUCACCUGGAAAAAGUCACUUAGAAAUACCAGCUUCAAGACCGAGUUCACCCACCUCAAAUCAAGAGGAAGAAAAACUCCAGGUGGAUUUUCCUUCGAGGAGCCAGUACGGGAGCAGAGAUGUGGUCAUCCAGUGUAGUGUUUCAGGACAGGAGAGUGGGAUGGGUCGAACAUCGGGCUUGAUCACCCUAAAGGGUCACGCGGCUCUUUCUGAUCAAGAGCCUUCCGAGGUCCCAGAAGCUCCUCUGAGAUCCAUCCGGAAGAGGAGUUUGGAAGGCAUGAGGAAACAGACUCGGGUAGAACUCAGCGACACCAGCAGCGAUGAUGAAGACAGACUGGUCAUAGAGAUAUGAUGCUAUUCCAGAGAAGGGCUGCAGCCAUGGCCAAAGACAAGAGGUGCUCUGAGACAAACAGCACAGAGUGGAAGAUGCGCUGAGCUCUAUUUAUGAAAACUCUGUAGACCAGGAAAGCCAUCUGAGAUUCCUUCAAGCCAACUCCAGCCCACACCAAGUCCCAAUUCAGCCAAAUCCUUCCUCUUGGGUAGACUUGGUCACAUUCAUCUGGGGCAGGAAGUGCAAAGGUAGCCAGAAAGUACCAUCUCAAAGAAGCUCAGUCACUGCGGUGACUCAAAGUGGACUGCGCACAGCUUCACCCUAGUCAGGUGGCACUGAUCAGAAGAGCCACAUUCGGGAUGGCUACUGACCAGUGAGACCCCAUAGAGUCAAGGCAACAGGUUUCCCCAUCAUGAGUUUGCUUCAGGGCGGCUGGAACAUUUUGGGUCUUGAGGGUCGCUUGCGCAAAGGGAUGGGGUGUGAAUUGAAUUGGACUUCAAAAUCAUGCUGUGCGUUUGGAGGACUAAAUUCAGAUUCUCUCAAAAACUGGUCAGAGCCGGUCGUCUCCUUAGUGAACGCUGUAAAUACACAUCACAAUGCCUAUGGCCCUUUUAAAUGUUGUACAAAUGGUUAAUAUUAGUUUCUGGUCCAAUAAUUCAAGCACGUACUGCCCCUGUACCUGGUGCCUUUUCAUUGAGACCCCUAAGAUAUUGUUUUUUUUUUCUUUUUUCUUCCUAGCUCCUGACUUGUGUUAAAAGUCAAUAAAACAGUCU